GAUCGAUAUCUCGAGGACAUCAUGCAUGCCCAUUGCAGAAGGGGCUUCCACUCCAGGAAGUGGCGACGACGUGCCCGUCCGCCUCCCCCCCAUCACUCCCCUCGGCGGCUUCUCGGGGCAAACCCGCAACUCACGCGCAGAUCUCCCACCUUCACGGCCCAAGAUUACCUUCACCCACAGCCCGAUACCGCCCACUUAACACUCAACGACCAUAAGAAAAGCACUGCUCCGAAGACAUUCCCUCACGCAUGGCCCACGACUCUUCAACCUCCUGAACAUGCCCCCAACGGCACCGGCAACAAAAGCAGUGGCACCCUUUCUCAUCUCUCACUCGCGUUCCUCUCGAAGCACCUCCGCAGCAGCUGCAGUAAAAGCGCCACUGUCCAGGCGACUCCUGCUGAGUUCACCCCGACCUCGCGUAGUGUUUUCGGCCCGGCCCGCGAGGAUCAGGCUGCUCGAAAAGCGACACGCAACCACGAGGGCGGCAGCAGCAGCGGAAACAGCAAAGGCAGGAAUACUCUGGGCCUUGCAGCAGAACAGCCUUAGAUUGCAAAAAGCGAUGGAACAAGCAGAGAUGCUGCACUGCAAAUCCAUCAACAGGCUCGUCGUGUUUCCAUGUGGACAGUGUGACUGUAAAGCGGCGAUUGUGACGGAAAGCAAAUCGGCGGAGGAGAGCAUGUCUUCGGUAGACUCGGCACCGAGAAGGCAUUCCAUUGCGAUUGCGCAGACCACCCAUCGACGCCCAGAGUCGGCACCUAAGCAACGGAUUCAUCACGAACGGCAACUCAGUCAACACAUUCACCAGCAGCGCGCUUCAACAUCCCAACAUCAACAUCUUGAUGGAUCACAUCAACCUCGCCCACAGGAAUCUCACUCACGACAACAGCAACAAGCUCGGCAACAUACCCACAUCCACCAUCACCACCAUCACCACCACCACCACCAGCCUCCUCCCACCCCCCCACCCGCCGUCCGCACCUGGCCCACACCCCCCUCCUACACCCAACUCAUCAUCGCUGGCCUCGUCAUCUGCGCCGUCCGCGCCAAACGCGCAGCCGCACUCAUUCUCAAACCCAAGUGGCAUCGCAGGAAAUGGGCGAGGACGUUGGGGGAUGCUGCCCUGGUUGGGUUGUUGGUGGGGAGGGUCGUUAGAGGGAGGGGUGCGUUUACAUCGCCACCUGCAUCUGCCAAUGCGUCUGUCGAGCCGACGACAUCGGCGCCCGCUACGCAUACCCCACGACGGUCUUCAAGGCCAUUGCACCCAAUACCGCCAUCAAACAUCCACCUUCGACAUCCCGCCCUCUCUCACUCAUUCACCACAACCACCACCACCACCAAUGAUACCUCACCAACCGAACAUCCUCAACAACAUAAGGAUAAGCACCUCAUAUCUCACACCUCACAUACCUCCACCGCCGCCGCCACACCAGGCGUACAUACCACCAUCACAAACACACCCUCCGACACCUCACCGCAACUUCUGACCCUCCUCACCCACCUAACAACCAUCCUCACCCACAUCUUCUCAACCCUCACAACACCCCUCUUUCGCCGCCUCCUCAACCUCAUCCCCACCGAACUCAGCUUCCUGUACACCUACACACACCUCUGUCUAACCACCCGCACCUACAUCCCGCUCCCGCUCGUGUUUGAGAGCGAGAUGGUGAGGGGCUCGGGAGGGGAGGUUGUGGACGUGAGCGUCGGGGUGGGGAGCGUGUUGGCGCGGAGGGCGACCCGGGCGGUUGUGAAGGGGGUUUUGGGCGGCAGGGGGGAGAUACCGUCGGCGGGACCGCACCCGCUGCCGACCCUGGACGCGUCCACGCUUGCGAUCGAGUUCCCGCCGUGUCCCGAGUUUGAUGCCGACGAUGACGGCGUCGAUCUGUGGUGAGACCACCCUCGCGCGUUAGCCCCUUCCACAACAACGUUUCACUCUCCACCCCCCCCUCACCUUCCAGUCCCACACAAUGUAUAGUCUUGGUUUUUGUACAGACCCCCCCCCCCCCCCCCCCUCUUUUUUGUCCCCUUUUUUGUUCCCGUUUUGUCCAUGGAUUCCCACCCCAAGUAGAUAUACCGUAGUUAGUUCGUUUUAUUCCCCGGUUUUUGUGCGUACCAACCCCCCCGGCUUGCACCGGGCCGAUCGAGUUGGUUCCCCCCCUUCUUUUGCGGCCGUUCUGACGAAAGGACCCGUAGAGUAUCGAUUCCCGUAUCGCCCCUUUUGUAAUGAACAGUGUCUGUACGCUAAUGGAUGUACCGUAAACAGUCAAAGCACGUUCUGAGUUCUCGGUGCCGGAUACAUUAUGCGACCUACACGUAAAACAACACGAUGGACGGGACAUGUGCGAGGUCUCUC